AAAUGCUACGGUCUAUGCCAAUCUGCCAGUUCGCUCUAAUCGACUCGCUCUGUGUUCGACUGUUCGUCCUGCCUGUUCUCCGCGGACACGCCCAGACAUUGUUAUCGAUCCUCCGACCACAUGAUGUCACCGCUCGGUCCGUCUCAGACACUUUAAACUCACUGAUGGAGACUCAGGACGCUUCUGACAGCGACGACUGUCCUUUCUGUCAAAUCGUAAACAACCAGACGGACACAGAAAUCCUGCUGAGCGAUGAUCAGCUGGUCUGCUUCCGUGACACGACGCCCGGCGCCACACAUCAUUACCUCGUUAUUCCCAGGACACACAUCGACAGCUGUAGGAACCUCCAGAGGGACAACGUGGCUUUAGUGGAGCAGAUGGUAGAAAUGGGAAGGAGCAUCCUGGAGAAGAACAAAGUCCUCGAUGACGUCAGGAUGGGAUUCCACCUGCCUCCGUUCACAUCUGUUCCUCACCUCCACCUCCACGUUCUGGCUCCGGCCAGCAAGAUGGUGUCGAAGUCUCAGCUUCGCUACGGACCUCAGUCUCACUGGUUCAUCACGGUGGACAAAGCCCUUUCUCAGCUCAAGACUCGCGGGAAGGUCAAAUGAACUCUGAACUUGUUGUCAUUCCACCUCAGCUCUCCACCUGAUCCCACAUGUUGGCGUUAAUAAUGUAUGUUCAACUUGCUGAUUCCGUCGUGGAGAAAAGUAGAAGCAGGCGCGGGGUGGAAACUAUAUGCUGAACCUUUUUAAGAAGUGUACAUAAUGUAUUUUUAACAUACAUUUUUUAGGGGGAAAGAAAGUCGUACUUUUGUCUAAAAACCUCACAGAAGAACAUUUUGUUUCUGUGUUCAGUUGUUUGUGUGUAAGUGGGUCAAUCAAAAGACCUGCGUAUGCCUUUAUUAUCUAUUUGUUACUACUUGUCUGGUGCAUUAGGAUGCAGUAUUUAUUUUAAUAUUAAUAUUGUUAGAAUUCUGAGAAGCUGUAAAUAACGGGGUUAUCAUUGAGAAAGUCUUAAGUCACUUGACUCUGUCUCCCAGUGUGUGGACCCCUGUGUGCAUCUUUGUUCCUCUGCCGAAAAACAGAAGACGAAAAGAUGUAAGGUCAUCUUUAAUUAUUUACUUUCAUUACUGAUUAGGAUUCCAUUAGUGUUUUCGACACCAUUAUUUUGGCAGCAUGAGGGGUUUGUUGGCAGGUUUCUGUUCCUGAAGUUUGGCCAAAUCUGAUCAGCUCAGUUGUUGGCAUAUUUUUUUCCCCAUUAAUCCACAUUAGAGAGAUAGUUCACCUUAAUUAUUAUGAUUCUUUUUAUUGCAUAAACUGAUUAGUGGCAUUAAAAAGUAUCUUUGAUUUUAA